AUGGAAACCGACGACACGCCCGCAAGGGCCGACUUCAGUGAAGAGCUUUGGGCCCUGGUGUGUUCCAUAUACGAAGAAAAUGAGAAGAUAUCGCUCGAGACCGUCGAAGGUAUUAUUGGGGACGCAGAGCCUGUCAUUCGAGACAGAUGGGACCAGCAAUCAGAGGACCAGAUGCAAGCACAGUGGCAAACCUCACUUCGAAAGGAGUCUUCCGAUGUGAUCGGUACGAGGGGUAACAACGACUUCCACUAUAGAUAUCUCUGGAGGUUCUGUCUACGUUUCCUACACCAGGCUCCUCCCAUCAUGCUGUCGCCGCUGAAUCGCCUGCAGUUCGUUCCUAAGCGUAACCGGUUACUCAUAACUAGCCACCUCUUCACACUUGAUGCUUGUCUGGAUCUGACACAGCUGGUCAUUCAUCCAAUCUGGGAGCAAAACUACCGCCGUUUCAUUGACACUCUCCAUUACGCUGCAACAUAUCGCGUCGGCGCUCUCCGAAACUUUGAUUGGACAUUCUUCGACGAAGAUUGCUGUCCGGCUCUGCAAAUCCUCAACGACAAUCUGACGGCAGUGGAGGGCCCUCAGCUGCCCCAUACUGUACAUGAGCUUCACGUCGAUGCAAGAAACGCUGUUGUUGCCAGGGGCGAGACGCCUGGUGUCUUUUCCGACUUGGUCUGUCGCAUUGGUGAGCUGGCCACUGUGGCCCGCUUCCCAUCGGCCAGUGAGCGGGCACAGCUGACAAACGGCGUCGUCCCCUUCAAUGGAAGCGAUUUGGAAGUCAUGAAGAAGGCAAUCGACAGCUUGGCUCCGACUGAGCCCAAAAUCGGCUACCCCGUCAAAGCCGUAUACGACGCAUUCAAGGCAGCCAAGGGUACAGCUGAUGUGCUCCUGAGGGAGAGGCUCCGAGAGUUCGACGAACGUGCCUGCAAGCAGUUCUCGGAGACACAGGAAGUAACCAGUCAACCCGCAUCCGUGCCGAAUUCUGGGCGUGUAGCUCGCCGACCUCGGAACCACCAGGGCUCUCGUUAUGCCCCUUAUUCGCUCUUCAGCCGCCAUCCUUCCCGUACAGGCCCCAGCGGAGGAAUUUGCCGACCCCAGGACUCAAGCAUUGCCUCUGAUCAGCGAUCUAUGAGACAGGGUCAUACCACGGCCUCCAAUCUUGUCCCAGCGCCUCAUCAAGCUCCUGGGAUACCUGUGUCCCGAGACUUACGUCGGCCACAACAGCACAGGGGGGUUAGUCCAGCGAGCGACGUUGAUGGUAGCGUGGUAACAGACGAAUCCGCUUCGGCUCAUGAUGUCUUCUCUCCUCCGGACAAUGACGCUACACCACAGUCUCCAGACCCUGUUGAACGAGACUCGUUGGCACAGCCACAAGUUCAGACCCCAGGCGUAGUCACGUCUAGUCAGGGACUAGCUACAGACGAAGUCAGUCAGCUACGUCAAGAAAAUGCUCAGCUAAGCCAAGAAAUCAGCAACUUCAAAACCGAGCAAGCACAACUUAUCAAUGACUUGAAAGCCAGACUGGAGACUCGCGAAACUGAGACUCUCAAAGUCUCAGAGCGUCUCGCCAAACUCGAGGCGGAACUCAGAAACAUAUAG